AUGAAGAAGGUACGAUUUGAAUCUCCAGUGAAAGCGACAAGAAUGAGCACAUUGAACAAUUCGGAAUGCCACUCUCCAAGACCAUUUAUUGAGAAACAAGUGCAAUCAGUCCCUUCUAUAAAUUACUUAGAAUAUCGCCCUCUACCUUUUACUAAUGAUCCUGUACAGAGAUUUGAGUCAGCAGAUUCCAGUCCAUAUCCAAUCGUUAGUAAAACAUACUUAUCGCGUACACCGCAACUCAAGAACAACAACUGUUCGCCUUCAAAUGAUUUGGAUUUAAGUAUCCUUGACUGUAAUUAUAGUAAUGCGAAGAACGCUAGUCUAAGGCAUAAUAUUGAGUGCUCAAAUGAAAUGAAAACUAUUAAAGGACAUGUGACAUCCUCACAAGAAAAUUCACCAUUACGAGUGUUAUCCUCCAUGGAAAAUAAAAAUGUCUGUAGCCCGCCAAAUAUGCUAAGCAAAAAGGACAAUUUUUUUAUAAGAAAAGAAAAUUUUAAUGACUACAUAAAUAUUGGUAGUCAAUUUAAUGGCUUACAACUGGAUAAAGAAAACAAUCCUCUUUUAAAAAAAACAGAAAUAAUGAAAUUAGGAGUUCCUCGUUUAGAAGAGAUAGAUACUAAAACCAUUGAUUCUCGUAAAUUUUCCAAUGGAAUUGAUCAUGUGUGUAAUUGUCAUAAUUGUGUUCAUGUUUUUAAUAUACAGCAUAAUGUAAAACAAUCCAGAAGCAAUGUGAUCCUUGAACAAAAUAUGCCUAAAAAUAAUUCUGAAGUAUGUCACUGUAGGGCUGUAACAGACAAGAGAUAUUCAGUUUGUUACUGUUAUUGUAGACCUAUAAAUAAUUAUGUUUCGCCUUGCAACUGCAGUAAAACAUCAAUGCACAUCCCACAAAAUGCAGUUGAUAAAAAGAACUGGGCUAUUGAAAAAUAUGAACAAAAUAAAAGUUCUGAUUCUUUAGAUGUAGAGGUACAAAAUAAUGUUUUCAAAGAUAAAAGAGAGCCAACUGUCGCAGAUUUGUUUAAAAUAAUAAAAUUACAAAAUGAACAGUUACAACUGCUACAAGAGAAAGUAGAUAAAUUCAUAUCGAAUAAUACACAUGACCCACAGAAUGUUAAAAAACCAAUCCCGAAAAUUGUUGGAGAACAUGUAGAAGUACAAUCCAUUGGAACUGAAGAAAAGAUAUCAAUUGGAGUAAUGACAAGUUUUGAAAUGUUUCGAACAUCGACUAUUAUUAAUAAAGAAAUAGUCAAGAAAAGUGAAGCACAGAUUCAAUGUAACAGAUCCCAAAUCAGUAUUAAGGAGAUAGUGUCAAAAACUCCUUCGGCAAAUCUAAAUUUCCUUGAUGGUAUAACUCCUGCUGCAAACCCAACUGUGCCUCAAAAAAAUAUAAGUGCUGAAGAAGCAGCUGGAGAUUUGACAAGAAAUACUGAUGAUGCAAUGGUAGAUAAAACACUGAAUGAAAUAAGUUUAUAUAAUGUACAAGUUGACAAUGCAAUAACACCAUUAAUGUCUCCUGAACAGAGUUUAUAUCUAGACAUUAGAGACUAUAGCGAUUCUGAUAGCAGUGGUGAUGACCAAUCCAACGUUGGAUGGACAUAUUAUAACAAAGUUAUGACACAUGUAAAUGGCAUGUUACAAGAAUCUGAUAUGCCAUCUUCAGCUAGUGCCCUUUAUAGGAAUAGUAAACAGAAAUGUCUGCAGGUACAGAUUGACAAGACUAAUGUUAGUGUAGCCAAAAGAGUGACAUUUGGUGAUCAACCAUUAGGAUUUAAUGAGCAGCCUCAUUUACAAGUUCCUACAACUGACACAAGCUUGAAAAUGAAUCAGCUUGCAGCUAAAUAUUUAAAAAAUGCUCCACCUUUGCCAAAAACUCCGUCACCUAAACCUGUGACUGUGGAUAUGUCUCUAGCGACAAGAAAUUAUAUGGAAAAACAUAAACUGUUACAAGGUACUAAUCAAAAUGGACAACCACAAAUGGCAAUACCAAAAUUUUUAGAUAUAACAGCUUUAAAACAACAACCAAAAUUUUUAUAGAUUUACUUUUAACUUUUAUACAUGUAACACCUUUUGUGUGAAGAAUUUUCAAAGUUGAUUGAGCUAAAGUUGAUGAAAUUAACCCCUACAUAUUCACAAAUGUAAUCUCUUUAUUGGUAUGUUUCACCGUUUGUAGAUAACGCUUUUUGAUAGAUGAUGGUAUAAAAGUU